AUGGUCAUGCAUUGGUAUAGUACGAGUGUUCUUCUCAAAGAACCUUCAAAUGAUUGGGAUCAAGAAAGGCAAUCUUUCCUUGGCCGAUUGUUCGAUGGAAAGGAUUCAACGUGCAUUGAACAAUUACGAGUUAGCAAGAGUGCAUUUAAGCAGUUAUGUGAAAUUUUACAAGGGAUUGGUGGAUUAGUUCGCACGAGAAAUGUGUCCAUUGAAGAAUCUGUUGCAAUUUUUUUGAAUAUACUUGCCCACAACUUGAAGUUUAGAGUCAUCGGUUUUCAUUAUUAUCGUUCCAAGGAAACAAUUAGUCGGCAAUUUCACAAUGUGUUGCAUGCAAUGAUGAAAAUAAGUCAAGAAUAUGUGAAAUAUCAGCCAUGUGUUAUUCAAGAAUAUGUGAAAUAUCAGCCAUGUGUUAUUGGCAAUUCUGAAAGAGAGAAGUGGCGGUGGUUUGAGAAUUGUCUUGGAGCACUUGAUGGAACUCUCAUACCAGUAACAAUAACGGCUGAGGAAAGACCAAGAUAUCGAGAUAGAAAGGGUGAUAUAUCCACUAAUAUGUUAGGAGUUUGUGGUCCAGAUUUAAGAUUUUUUUAUGUGUUACCUGGAUGGGAAGGCUCUGCAUCUGAUGCUCGUGUUUUGCGUGAUGCUUUACAUAGGAGUAACCGGUUUCAUGUUCCAAAUGAUAAAUAUUAUCUUGUGGACGCUGGCUAUACUAAUGGACCCGGGUUUUUAGCACCUUACCGUGGAACUAGAUAUCACUUGAAAGAAUGGGUUGGAAACCGUCGACCUGAAAACUACAAAGAACUAUAUAAUUUGCGUCAUUCAAGGGCAAGGAAUGUUAUUGAGAGGGCAUUUGGAUUAACCGAGCAAGCUACUGAUCCAGUUUUAGAAGCUCAAGAUUUACAAUUUUUAGCAUCUGUCGACUCAGAGUUGUUAAAUCGUUCAACAAGAGAGGAAAAUGAAAAUAACUCUGAUGGGAUUACAUCUGUUCAAGCUACAGUCGAAUGGACAGCAUUUCGUGAUACAUUGGCAUUGCAGAUAACAUUCGAAAUCGUGUGA